UUACGGGACGGACAGCGGUUGCGGACGGACGCCGACCACGAGAACGGAGUGACACUGCGAGCGGUCGCCACUCCCGGACACACGACUGACCACUUGAUUCUGGUGUUAGAGGAGGAGAACGCUGUCUUCAGCGGUGACUGCAUUCUGGGCGAAGGGACCACAGUCUUCGAGGACCUCUACUCAUACAUGCAGUCAUUGCAGAUAAUACUGGAUCUGCAGCCGUCGGUCAUAUAUCCAGGACAUGGAAACGUUGUGAAUGAGCCGAUGGCCAAAAUUGAGGAAUAUAUCGCCCAUAGACUGCUUCGCGAGCAACAGAUUCUCAAUGCGAUGACCGCUGCGGACAGAGCUCUCACUUCUAUGGAAAUCGUGAAAAUUGUUUAUAAGGAAGUAUCGGAACAGUUAUAUACGGCCGCAGAACUCAAUGUUUGCCAUCAUUUGGAGAAAUUGGUUAAAGAGAGCAAAGUGUGGAAAAUGAAUGAAAAC